AUGCCACUUCCGCCCUCCGAGCAUGAUGACGAAAUCAAUUUGGAGGACCAUGUUUAUGUUCCCGGUUAUGACCCAAACCUCGAGAUAAAACCUGGCGAGACCAGGAAGGCAUUAUUGAAGGUUGACUUUGUUAUUCUACCCUUUAUCGUUUUAUGUUUCUGCCUACUUCAGUUUGAUCGCACCAAUAUCGGCAAUGCCCUAACCGACACCUUACGUGACGACGUCAAAGUCACGAACUCGAACAUCAACUUGGCACAAACUCUCUUCACCGUCGGGUUUAUCAUCACGGAGUUGCCGUUCAAUGUCAUUAGCAAGUAUAUCGGCCCGGAGAGAUUCCUCCCAAUAACCAUGUUCCUAUGGGGAAUUGCAACAUGGUCUCAAGUGUUCCUUACGAGUUCUUCUGGUCUCCUCGCAGCUCGGUUCUUCAUAGGUGCACUCGAGGGCGGAUAUAUCCCAGGUUUCGCUUUGUACAUCUCCAGGUAUUAUACGAACGACGAGCUGGCACUACGAUACGCUAUAUUUUGGGCCUCGAACAGUUUCGCGGGUGCCCUGGGUGGGCCGCUGUCUAUUGGGCUGCUCUCCCUCCGCGGAAGAGGCGGCCUACAAGGGUGGCAAUGGCUUUUCUUGAUUGAGGGAGCGUUGACUUGCGCCUUCGGAGUUAUCGCGUACUUGUAUCUUCCUCACGGCCCCGCUGAGCCCAAGUCGUUCUUCGGUCGGUCCCUCAACAUGUUCACAGAACGCGAAGCGUCGAUCCUGGUAACCCGUGUUAUCCGCAAUGAUCCCACAAAAACCCUGCGUAAUAGACAGCGGGUACUGUCCUCUCAUUUAGUCGAAACAUUUACGGAUUGGAGGCUGUACGGGCACCUUGUGGCCGCCUUGCUCUCAAUGGUUAUGAUUGCGCCGAUGAACACAUACGCGCCGUCGAUCAUCAAGUCUCUAGGUUUCACCACAAUGCGGGCGAAUGGGCUCAACUCGGUGGGAAGUGUGUGCGCUUUGGUAUGGUCGGUGUCUUUAGCAUUCAGCAGCGACAAGUUCCGCGAGCGUGGAUUUCACAUCGCUCUGGGAUACCUGUGGGGCGCAGCUGGCUUGCUUUGGCUUGCUUUGGCUCCUAAUAGUGUCAGUAAAUGGACUCUCUAUGGUGGUGUCGUAUGGACUCAGAUGGGCAUGGGUUCCGCACAAGCAAUCAGCGCAGCUUGGCUCACUUCCAAGAUGCAAGACCACAAACGCCCGGUCGCUUUGGCUGCAUAUGUGAUGAGUAUUCAGCUUGCAAACUUUCCUGGUAAUCAAUUAUUCACAACCCAAGAUGCACCUCGCUAUAUACAUGGGCUGAGCAUUGCCGCGGGCUGUGCCAUUGCAGCUGCCGUCGUCAUCCUCAUUUGGAAACUUUUGUAUCGCUUGUUUGAUCACGGAGAUUAUGGCGUUGAGAAGCAGAGCCAGCUCACCUCGACAGGAGCUAGCCAGGAUGUAUAA